UUGUGAAAUAUUGUUACAAUUUAAAAUAGCUGUGCUCUAUUUUACUAUAUUUAAAAAUGUAAUUUAUUCCUGUAAUGACAAAACUGAAUUUUCAGCAGCCGUUAUUCCAAUCUUUUUUAAAUGUACCAUUACUGCUCACCUAUAUCCAGACAGAAGGAUGGGGUUAUUAAAAAAUAGUCCCGUUUGUCAAUGCUGUCUAUGAAAGCAUUAACCUAAGAUCAAAUCAGCCUUAAUCCUGAAGAACAAAAUUAGUUUGAUUCAUAAUUGUUCAUAUUUUCUGUCACUGUCAUGUCAAAUAUCACUCAAAUACAAAGUGUUUUUUUUUUGUUGUUGUUUGUUUGUUUGUUUGUUUUUGUUUUUUAAUAAUAAUAAUUUUUAUAAUUUCCCUCAUUUUUAAGAGGGUCUUAUUAGUAACUAACACCAGAAAAAGAAAAGGUCCACUGCACUUGUAGGCCUAUCUGCAAAAUAGCAUAAGGUUAUUUUGUCAAAAGUUAACAGUUUAAUGGAUGAAGCUGAAAAUCAGUCUGAAAUCAUCCUGGAGUCUAUUCAUUAAUUGAAUGUAAGUGAAUGUUAAAUGUGCCAAUAUUUCCAUAUUUGACAUUGUUUUUGUGUCUAAUGGUGUUCAAGUUAAGUUACUCAAAUAAAGACUAAAGGUGCAUCUGUCAUUGAUUUUCAUGUCAAAUGACUAGCCUAUGCUAUCUCAGCAAAGUGAACUGGUCUGUUAAACCAGUUCUUAUGUCUUUUUAAGUCGUCGGGCUGAAUGAUUUCGCACGCGCACUUGUGUUUUAUAAAGAGGCUGGUAUAAAGGUAAAAUUACAGUAGUUACAAUAGUGCACAUGACUUGACAAAAGUUGCCGUCAUGUAUGGCACUCUUUUGUGGAUUUUGCUUCUGACUGUGCUGUGCUCAUUUGCGCGAAAUGAAAAGAUCAAUCCUGCUGUGGUUGAUGAGCAGCUGCUCUGGGUCGGUGGUCAAACUGGAGAAGUUCACACCUACAGGAUUCCCCUGCUUACUUUCACUUCUCAGGGGAGUCUGUUGGCUUUUGCAGAGGCCCGGAAGAUGUCCUCCAAAGAUAUCGGAGCCAAGUUCAUAGCUUUAAGACGCUCCACAGACAGAGGCGCCACCUGGUCUCCCACCUCAUUCAUAGUGGACGAUGGUUCUCUAGCAGAUGGGCUGAACCUAGGUUCGGUAGUUGUGGAUGAGGAAACUAGUGCCGUGAUACUCAUCUACUCGUUGUGCUUCCACCGUCACCAUUGCAAACCCUCCAGCACCAUGAUGGUGAAGAGCCUGGAUGAUGGGUUCACCUGGAGCACCCCACAAAACCUUAACCCUCAACUGGGGAUCAAGAGUUUUGCUCCUGGGCCUGGCUUCGGUAUACAGAAACAUCAUCCACCUGCUAUUGGGCGUCUGGUGGUGUGUGGCCAUGGCAGCAUCGCUGGAGAUGGAGUGUUUUGUAUCCUGAGUGAUGAUCAUGGAAACACAUGGAGAUACGGAGCUGAACUGAAGAGUAUUCCAUACAACCAGCCCAAAAACAACCUUGACUUUGAACCAGAUGAGUGUCAGCCAGUGGAGCUGGAUGACGGCAGCAUCCUGAUCAAUGUGCGUAACAAUAAGAACUAUCACUGCCGUUGUCGUAUGGUCGCACGCAGUCUGGAUGAAGGGGAGUCUCUGCCGGUGGAGGAGCUGGUGUUUGAUCACACACUGGAAGAUCCUGCUGUUGCAGCUGGAGCUUUAGAGAAGGAAGGAGUGCUCUACUUCACCAACCCAGCCAACUCUAAAAGCAGAGUGAACCUCACCCUUCGCUGGUCUCUGAAUCACGGUAAAUCAUGGGUGCCAGAUACUCUGAAGAUCUGGGCGGGGCCAAGUGGAUACUCUUGCAUGACAUCACUUAAAGGCAGUGAAAUUGAGGAUCAUAAAUACAUCUAUGUCAUCUUCGAGAAAGGCCAGAAAGACUAUUUUGAGUCCAUCUCCUUUGUGAAAAUUGACUUGUACAGUGACCAAUGAAGAAAGGCAUUGAUGGGCUGAUCAUGGAAAAGGUAUUGUUUAAAAAAACAAGUGUGAUUUUUCUCUAUUUUUUAAAUAAUGUUUUAAAUUAAUUAAUUUUAAAUAAUAUGUUUUAAUAAAAUUGAAAUCACUGUUAUUUGUCUUCCUUAGCUCACCUGACCUGUCUUAUCCCAACAGUUUUUUUUAUCUCUCUUAUAGCUUGAGUGUAUGCAGAGCCAUACACAGAGCUUUUCUAAGGUUGUAAAACCUGAUUUUCACUUUUGCUAAUUGAUGACAUUGUUGGAUUAUCCCUUUUGUGCCUAUUAUGUUGUUGUUACACAGAGAUGUGUUUUAUUUAAUAUGGAAUUUGGUGAAUGUGGUUGUUUUUUUUAAAUGAGAGACUCAAUAGCAUGUGACCUCCUGUGGGUGUAGCAUUCAAAACGAGAUAGUGUUUUUAUGGUGUGUUUUUUGUUGUUGUUGUUGUUGUUGCAGUUAGGUCCAGUCUCUAACUGCACCAAAAAAAAAGCAAUCACAACAACUACAUACCAACUUUUGAGGAAAUGAUACAGUCCGUAAUGAUGUUUAACUUCACUCCCACCUAACAGGGAAAGUUCCCACAACUUUCACUAACUUUUUUAAAAAGGUUAUGUAAAUGCAGGAACAAAAUGUUCUUUAUAAAAUGUUUAGAAUGUUCUUAUAACAUUAUAUACUUCAUAUUCCUAAAGUUCUUGGAAUGUCUUUUUGAUGAUAUUAAUAUUUGUUUUUCAGAAUGUUUGCAUGAAUGUUUGCGAGAACAAUUUUGAUGAAACAUCCAUACUGUGUUAUUUGUCAAAGUGUCACAAUUAUGUUCAGUUCAGUUUAGUUUUGUUCACGUACUUUUAGUUUGUAAUUCUUCAGUUCCUGUGUUGCUUUGUUUGAUUUUCCCGCCACUAAUCUGUUACCAUGGACACUAACUAUCAUCAGUUGUUUGUCAUCAUCAGCUCAUCAUCAGUGUGUAUUUAAGUUCCUGCUGUUCACUUAGUAUUUAUCAGGUCACCAUUAUGUUAAGUAUGUUUGUUCCUGCCUGUUCGCAUGCCUUGUGGAUUUAUUAUUAAGCUUUGUGUUUUGGAACUGCAUUUCUGCACACGCCUGUGACACAAAGUCAAUUUUUUUGUAUAGUGCUUUUCACAAUACACAUUGUUUCAAAGCAGCCUUACAGAAAAUCAUUAUGUUAUAAUAUCUUAGUAUCUUUAUGCUUUAUAGUCGCAUUUAACAUUCUUAGAACUUUGGCUAACAUUCUAAAAAGGUUCUCUCAAAGUUAUGAACAAACUUUCUUCCUGUAACUUUAACGUUCCUUCAAAGUUAUCUAGUCUUUAAAAACAUUCUCAAAUCUUUAUUACAUCAUUCAUGGAACAUUUUUUGGAAUGUUUUAGUUGGAUGCUCAUCUAACAUUUUUUAUUAUCAUUAAACAGAAUGGAAGAGAAGAGAAGAUGAAGUCACAAGACACAUGUGUGACACAUGUAUGAACAUGUGUUCAUUAAACAUAAUGCAUUACUAAGCAAUCAGGACUUUGAACUUCCCCUUCUGUAACAGCAUUUCAUCUGACUCUGAAUUCUGUCAUUGUCUUUAUAUUACUAUAUAUAUAUAUAUAUAUAUAUAUAUAUAUAUAUACAUAUACACACACAGACACAAUUUUGUGGUGCAAUUUAUUUUCUAUUGUGUUGUUUUCCCUUAAAAUGUGUUAAGAUGUCAUUUGGUGACAUCUCUGGUCAAAUGGAAAUUUAAUUUAAAUCCUACACUAUGUAUGUGUGUAUGUAUGUAUGAAAUAUAAUUGCUUAACAUCUACAAAUUUUAUUAUAUACUAUAGAUUAGCUAAGCACUGUACAUCCAAAGUGGGGAAUAAAAUAUAUUUAUUUAGGGUUUUAGGGAGUUAAAUUGUGUAUGUCCAUUUUUUUCAUUUUCUCUUAAAAAGUGUUCCUCCACCGCCCCCUCCUGGUAGAUGCACGCCACAAAUUUGUACAUGCUGUACAUGUUUGCCUACAAAUUACAAACACACCUAUAAAUAUAACUGGAUAACAUCUUUGUUGCAAUAAUAGGCUAUAUGACAUCUUUAAGAAUCUCUAAGACAACAAUAUUUUAACAGAGAAGUCGUAUUUACAAAUUGGAUACUCAGAAUUCAGAUGAGAUGUGAAGUUGGAAGGGACACUUAAAUUAUUCAUUUCUUCACUGAACACAAAAGAUUACAUUUUGAAGAAUGUUGGUAACCAAACAGUUGACGGGCACCACUGACUUCCAUAGUAUUUUUUAAAAACAGUUAACUCAUGCAUUAAAGUAUUGUUAAAUAAACAAAUAAAUUAAAAGUUAGAUGCUCAUUUUAAAAUGUUAAAAAUUGCCUGUUCCAUUUCCUUGUCCAUUUGUCAACUGCUUUGUUGUUUAAGCAUCAUUUAUUUAUCUCUUCCAAGGGUAUAAACACCUGAAGUUUUCCUGAAGUUUCCUAGCAACCGCAGACACAGAUUUGUCACUGUUUGUAGAAAUUUUAACUCAGCUCUCCAGCGAUAAAAGUGUGACUGUUGUAAUGGACAUUUUGUCCGAAGCAAAGUCUAAACCACUUUCCACUCUGUAUGCAUUCAACUUUAUACCACCCAGAAGGACAGAGGUCAAAGAAAUGCAUUAUUUCAACUGCAGCCCCAAGGUAAGAUGCUGUUACAUAACUGCUCAGAAACGUGAAGGUUGAGGAUCCAAAUGCAGUUUAUUGGGGUAAUCCACAGAUGUAAUCCAAAACAGGCAAAAAAGGUCAAGACACAGGCAAGCACUCCAAAACAAACACCAGGCAGGAAUCUCAAACAAACGGUAAUCCAGG